AUGCCAUCCAAGAAAAAACCCACGCCGUCUUCGACCUCGCCUUCGUCGGCCUCGGCGACCCUUUCCCUCACUCCCGGACCGGUCCACCCGGCGGAUGAGGCGACGCCUUCGCCGCGGCCGUCCUCCCCGUCCAACGCCCGGGAUGGCUCGUCGAGCCCUUCCAAAACCCCCAAAACCCCUCAAAGCGCGCAAAAGCGAGGCCCCAAGGGGAAGAAAACCCCAGUUCCCACGCCAUCCUCCGUUCGGAUCCAUCCGACAACAUCCCAAAGCCCUAGGGAGGGGGAAAAGACGGCGCCCAACGUCCGCGAUCCCAAACGCAAACGUUCUCGCACGGCGGGGGGCCUUUCGGAAGAGACCCGUGAGCGCUCGCUGAUUCUUUCCCUUGACGAGGACGAGGCGGGUCCCAAAGGGAAGCCGAGGGAAGGGGCGUUGGCGGAGGUUGAGGAUUCCACCGCGAUGGAUGAUUUCAUCCUCCGAACGAAGGUCAUCGCGCCGGAUAUCAGCGGGAUUGCCUGCCUGGCGGUGAGUCCGGACGAGCGGGUGCUCGUCGUGGCGCGCGAGAACGCCUCGCUCAUUCUCUACGAUGUGGCGUACCACCAGAACAUUCCCCACUUCACCCAGGUCCGCCAUACGGGCGGCCGCACCCAUCGCACCAUCACGCACGUUGAAUUUAUCGAUUUCUCGGCGGAAGGCCCCGGCGGCGGUGGGGGAAUCCCCGCGAGUCGCUUUUUUAUCGCUUCUUUUUUGUCCGGCCAGCUGGUGCUUUUUGACGCGGCGAGUCUUUUCCCCGUGUGGGUUUACCAGCGCACCGGGGGCGCGAUUUGGGGCUUUACGGUCGUGGGAGGGGUGCACGUCCUCGCCGCGAUCGCGGACGGGGCCUGGCAUCAGCUGAAAGUCCACGCGAAUUCGACUUUUUCGGGGGGAUGGCGGUUGGAGUUGGCGCGGGUGAUCCCGGGGGUCCCUGGGGCCGACCGCGCGCUCGCCGUCGCCGCCUCCGCAGGGCGCCGGCUCGCCGUCGGGAGCGAUGAUGCGGGGAAUAUUUACGCCUGGCGCUUCGACCCCGACCCCGACGCGGCCGCGGCGAAGACUCCGGGAGGGGUGGGGUUAGGCCGGCAUGAAUCGCUUUGGACGACGCGGCUGCCGGAGGGGAUGGGGCUUUGCGUGGCGCUCACGGCGAGCGCCGUCGGGGUCGGGACCUCCACCGGCGAUGUGGUCAUCCUCGACGCCCACCACGGCGUCCUCCUGCACAGCUUUUCCCAGCAUAAAGGCCCGGUGCGCACCAUCCUCAGCGAUGGCGACGGGUUUUACGCCUCGGGAUGGCAUGAAUCCCUCCGCUCCUACCGCCGCGGGUUGAUCGAUGCGGACGGCAAAGAGGAGGCCUCGGGGGUUUGGUACCCCGCCGAGGUGAAACGCCGCACGCACUACCACGAGGCCUCCCAACUCGCCCUUUUUUCCCGGCGGCGGCUGUUGUUGUCCGCUUCGCGGGACGGGACGGUGCUGUACGCCCCGCUCGCGCGUCUUUUCACCCACCCCGCGAUGUAUUUGAACGCGACGACCCAGGCUUUCGCCUUCGCGCGGGCCAAGGACGUCCUUUUGCAGGCCCGCCUGGGGCGCGUGGAGGCGUUUCGCAUGGACGGCCAUCGCCGGUUUUGGGUCCCGCUCUUCGCGCAGAAUAUCCGCGGGGGAUUCCACCUUUCCGGGCUGUGGUGCGACCCCCGGCUGGACUUUUUCGCCUUCGCCACGGACGAGCGCGUGGGGCUCUGCCGGGUCCGUUGGCGCCGCGGCGCCGAGGCCGCCCUGGCGAUUCAGCGAAUCGACGAGGUCCUCGAGCUCCCGGCGGAGCGCGGGGUGGUGGACGCGCUGUUCGCCCCCGCCCUGCGCGAGGAACGUGAAAGCCCCCCAACGGAGGGGGAAAUGACUGAAAAGAAAAGCCCGCGAGGCCGCGCGGGGAGUCUUUACCUGCUUUUGGACGAUCAGGUGGUGUCGGUGACCCUCGCAGAGGGCUUCCCGGUGGUGCGCACGAGGCUUGUGGGGGACCUUGGGGCGGGGGGGCCGCGGCCCGGCCCGCCCGGCGGGGACUUCCAAGGAGAGGACGGGGCCUUGAAAGCGGAAGGCGCGGCCGCCUUCGCGCGGGGGCUGCGGGCUCGGCGGCUCAUUCAUUCCCCCAGCCCCUCCCCCGGGACCGCAGGGGGGCUUUGGGUGUACGGCGAGGGGGGGGUCUGGCGGUGCGCGCUCACGCCGGAUGGGACCCCGCGGCUGGACGACGCCACCACCGCCGCGGACGGCUGGCGCAUGGCGCGCGCGAUCCCGACGAUCCGCCGCGGCGCCGGUGGGGGCGCCUCCUGCGUGGAGGAUCGCGUUAUCGGCAUCGCCGCGGCGGAAGGGCGGUAUCUUUGCCGUGGUUUGGCCUCUUUCGCGGCGGAAGAUGGCCCCGCGGAGGUCGCUUUGCCCACGUCCCUGCCGCACGACGUCGUGUUCAUCGCUAGGGUGUGCGGGGAUGGACAGGUCGAGGGAGGGAUCGCCAACGCCCCCGAGGGCGUCGCCGAAGAGGCUUUGCGCCCGAACGAUCGGCGGCCCCGUGAGGAGUCCUGCCGUUAUUUAGGAUACUUUAGCCGUGGGUUAAUCGAUGCCGGGCCGCGCGGGUGGAAGAUGAUCGGACGGGUAUCGGUUGAGGCGGCUUUUGUCAUGAAAGACGGUCGCCAUGUGUUGGUGCUGGAAAGAAACCUAGCGAAGGCGUUAGAGGCGUUGCCGAUGUGCUGGAAAGUUCGGCGUUUCGGAAAUUAA